UUUUAUUAGCCCAAAUCUGUUCGUGUGUAUUCAAAUUUUGAAUUCAAUCUGCAAAAAAAUGACAUUCGAAGUGUCAAACUAACUUCACUCCGAUUGACACACACGGUUGCGACAAUGUUAAAAAAAUAGUAAAAAAGUUUCAUCAGCACAUUGUGUUCCGAAUAUUUCUUUUUUGUGGUGCAUUUCAUAAUAUUUUUAGAAUUUGUAAGUGUCUAAUUUCGCUGGUGCUUGCUAUUUUUCAUUCAGAAUGCAUAUGAAAAAUCAGAAGCAAUAGAGAACAGAAUCACUUUGGUUAUCCGAUACGAAGGCAAUAAGAUGUAUGAAAUUAAACCGAUUUUCGACCGAUCAAGUAUUCAGGUGGAUUGGCCGACUUGUAUGUACAAAAUGAAGAAUAUCAGCGAAUUCGGCGCAAACGACUCACAGUCAUCAUCAUCAUCGAAUGCAAAACUGACGAAUGGAUUCACCGAUGCUGUAAGUCAACAACUCAGUACUAAAUCUCUGCCGGACGUUAAACAACAGAUUGAGAAAUUCCUCAAGGCAUCAAAUGGAAAUGAUUUGAGUUCUUUGCAAGCGCGUCAAUCAGAAAUUAUAAAGCAAUUGGAGCAACUGCGAUUGAAGCUUAAUGAAAUGCAAUCGAAAUUGGGCGUGACUGAAAAGCCUGUGCAGCAGAAGAAAAUGCAGAAGAAAGCCGCUCCUGUGAUUAAGCCCAUUGAUGAAAAAUACCUUCAACAACUGGUGAUCCAUGUGAAUGCAGCCAAUAUUCCGUACUCAUUUUUGGGUUUGCAAACAUUGUGGACGAACCGAUUGAAUUUAGUGAUUGAAUGUUACACGCAUUCAAGUGUCAAAGAAUUACCAGCACAAAAUCAGGCGUUUGUCAGUCGUGCUAGUGCAUUCAAAGUAAACUCAACGGUUCCAACACUGAAUGUGUCAUUGAUUUGGAAAGAUACUCCGACCACGGAUUUGGUUUGUGCCCCAGGUACAUUCAUUCCAAUUUCAGCUGAAGCAAACAUUCUACGAUAUUUACUUCGGAUUGGACCGUCUGAAUUCGGUAACAUUGGUGCCGGUUCGAUUCAAGCGCAACUGGAAAUUGAUGCUCUAUUCGAUUUGGUGUAUGAAUUGGUAUUGGCUUCAGCAAAAAAAGAUCAUCGUUUGUCCAUUUUAAAGCGUUUGUCGCAACGGCUCAACACACAAACGGCAUUCGGUGGCGAUUCGAACAAUGUUUGUGAUAUUGCCGUGUUCAGCACGUUGAAACAAUUGAAUUUAACUGCCAAGGAGCUGCCAGCUAAUGUUAAGACUUGGUACGAUCGAAAUAGCACUCUGAUUCAAGUUUGAAUGAACUGCUCUCUGACUAUUUCUUCUCUACCGAAUCAACAUUUCAUUUUGUAUAAAAAACAGGAGAUUGUGCAACUGAAUCAAAUCACAGAAAUAUGUUGAUAAAUUCAAGAGAUUCAAACCAUGAAAAAACAUAUAUUUUCAAUGAAAAAGAGAAAACCAUACAAUAAAAAUUGUGUUAUUUCAUUGGAA